UAGUACACAUCUGUUCGGGCGCCUUAAUUCACCCACAAAGGUAUUAAGCGCGGGCAGCGAAAGCCAUGGCGCCACCACCAGCGCCAACCAUGGCCACCGUCCACGGUGGGCGCCGCCGCCACGUGCUCCUGUUCCCGCUCCCGUACCAGGGCCACAUCAACCCCAUGUUCCGGCUCUCCGGCCUCCUCCACGCCCGCGGCUUCGCCGUCACCGUCUUCCACACCCAGUUCAAUGCCCCCGACCCGGCGCUCCACCCGGACUACCGCUUCGUCUCCGUCCCCAACGGCAGCCCCACACCCGUGCUCGUCGGCAUCAAGGACGUCGUUGCUCAGAUGAUGGAGCUGGGCGCCGCGUGCGAGGCCGCCUUCCGGGACCGCCUCGCCUCUGUCCUGGAGGAGUACUCCAGGGACGCCGUCGCGUGCCUCGUCGCCGACUCACACCUGCUGCCGAUUAUAGAGGUGGCCGCCAGGCUCUCCGUGCCCACGCUGGCGCUCCGCACCGGCAGCGCCGCCUGCUGUGCGUGCUUCCUCGCGUACCCGAUGCUCUUCGACAAAGGCUACCUCCCCGUGCAAGAGUCGCAGCGUGACAUGCCGGUGCUGGAGCUGCCGCCGUACCGAGUGCGCGACCUGCCAAUUGUCGGCGAGGAUGGCGGCGGCCAGGUGCGCGAGCUUAUCUCUCGCGCAACGACUGCCAUGAAGAUCUCCUCGGGCCUCAUACUCAACACGUUCGACGCGCUGGAGCGCCGCGAGCUGGAGGGCCUGCGGCGGGACCUCGCCGUGCCGGUGUUCGACAUCGGCCCGCUCCACAAGCUCUCCCCCGCCGGCGGCGACAGCAGCCUGCUGCUCCCGGACCGGAGCUGCCUCGAGUGGCUGGACGCGUGGCCGCCGGAGUCGGUGCUCUACGUGAGCUUCGGCAGCGUGGCCUGCAUGAGCCCGCGGGACCUGGUGGAGACGGCGUGGGGCAUCGCCGGCAGCAGCGUGCCGUUCCUCUGGGUGGUCCGGCCGGGCAUGGUCAGCGGGUCCGCGGACCACCACCACGACCAUCAUCUCCCCGAAGGGUUCGAGGCCGCGACGCACGGGCGCGGGAUGGUGGUGACGUGGGCGCCGCAAGAGGAGGUGCUUGGCCACCGCGCCGUGGGUGGGUUCUGGACGCACGGUGGGUGGAACUCGACGGCGGAGAGCAUCUGCGAGGGGGUGCCGAUGCUGUGCCGCCCCUACUUCGGCGACCAGAUGGGAAACGCGAGGUACGUGGAGCAUGUGUGGAGGGUGGGCCUCGAGGUGGGUGGCGACCUCGAGAGGGGCAGCGUUGAGGCGGCGAUCCGCCGGCUAAUGACUGGCGACGACGGCGCGGAGAUGAGGACGAGAGCCGGUGAACUGAAGAAGGCGGCAGCCGAGGGCACCGUAGAGGGCGGGUCGUCGUGUCUUGCCAUUGAUAAGCUCAUCACCCACAUGCUGUCGCUGUAAAAUUCGCACGAGUCGAGUCUGAACUCUGAAUCGCGAAAUUCGGGUGAACACCUUGCGGCGAGAGUAGCUCCUACAUUUAUUUGGGAAUAUUUUUCACUACAGAUGCAAGUUUUCCCCUGCAUACAUA